GCGGAGGCCAGUCGAGCUCCCGAUUCCAUCCUCCAGAUCCGACCUCUCCGGUCUCCCAUCUCCAAAAACCCUAACUCCGAUCCCCCUUCCCGAUUGUUUCGCCGGCCAAAUCGUUCAGAUCUCUCGCAUCAUCUUGAGAGCUGCAGCCCGGAAUUGCUUUAAUCUGGUUUUCCUUAGAUUCUUGAGGGAUUCGAAGUUUGGAUGCGCCCGGCAGAUUGGCGCUUGAAUGGGUUCCUAUGGUCUCAUUGGUGAGACAUCAAGGCCGCGCCGAGCGAGAAGGCUCGGCCGCGCGUGGAAGCGGAGGUGUUCCCUGUGGUUGUUCUCGUUCUCCUUGCUCUCUCUGGUUUAUCUCGCUUUCUUUGGGGCCAGGUUGCCAUUUGAUAGUCUUCACCAUGGACAUGUGAAUGAAAGAAUUUUUGCCAAUGAAGUUGAGAAGAGCAAGAUGAGACAUGCAAAUGACUACAUAUCUGAGGAUAUAAAUACUCUUCUUGAAGGGCAAGGUUCUCAUACUUCUUUGGGAAAAGAAAUCUCUGUCAACAAAUCAAAUUUUCGGAACUUGGGCUUUGCUUCAGAUAUCAAAAACAAUCUCUCACAUGCUAGGGCUGAUAGUCAGCUUGAGGGCUCAAAACAUUCAAGAGCCAAAUCUCGCAAGCGCCAUGUUCCUUGUGAAGUUGGGUUUGCAGAGUCAGUUGACAAUCUUGUCGAGCCAGAAAAUUACCUAAAUUUUACUAAAUUUUCUCUAGAAUACAUCACUAAGGAGGAAACUUCUAAUAAGAAUGUUGUAAUUGAGCCUCGAUUUGGUGGGCAUCAGACACUUGAACAAAGGGAGAAAUCAUUUUAUGCUAGAAAUCAAACAAUUUAUUGUGGUUUUGUUCAAGCGCCAGAGGGAUACCAUGGUACUGGAUUUGACUUGUCUGAGAAGGAUGGGGAGCAUAUGGCUAGUUGCAUAGUUGUGGUGUCGUCUUGUAUAUUUGGAAAUUCUGAUUUUUUGCGGAGGCCAACAAGCAGCAAGAUCGGCACAUAUUCUAAGAAGAAUGUCUGCUUCAUGAUGUUCCUGGAUGAGCUAACGUUGAAAAAACUUUCUUCAGAAGGACAUGUUCCUGAUGACAUGGGAAACAUUGGUCUAUGGCGAAUAAUUGUCGUCAAGAACUUACCAUAUGCAGAUAUGCGAAAAACUGGAAAGGUGCCAAAAUUUUUGUCCCAUCGUCUGUUUCCAUCAGCUAGGUACUCUAUUUGGAUUGAUAGCAAAAUGCGUCUUCAUGCUGAUCCGAUGUUGAUUCUGGAAUACUUUUUAUGGAGGACAAGAUCAGAAUAUGCUAUCUCAAACCAUUAUGAUCGCCAUUGUGUCUGGGAGGAAGUACUCCAGAACAAGCGCUUGAAUAAGUACAAUCAUACUGUUAUUGACGAGCAGUUUAUGUUCUAUCAGUCUGAUGGUUUGUCGAAGUUUAAUGAGUCCGAGCACAGCUCUAUUCUACCAAGUUGUCUGUGUCAUUUACAAUUCUAUUUGAAGUUUGCAUUUUGGCUCAUCGUUUUGUCAAAUAUUGAUGUUGUGAUUUGCUUUUGCAGUUGUUCCAGAAGGUUCUUUUAUCGUACGAGCUCAUACGCCUAUGUCAAAUUUAUUUUCUUGCCUCUGGUUUAAUGAAGUCAACCGGUUCACCUCACGUGAUCAGAUUGUGAGCGGAGAGCAAUUGGCAAAUUGUUCCAUCAUAAGUUGGUAGAUCAUUCGGUCCUUUGAGAAGAUAAUUUUAGAUUCUUCAGUCUCAUACUAAGCUUGGAAGGUAGGAACAGACAGCUUGACCGGAGACUCCUCGAAUCAAUGCUCAGCUACAGAGUGAGGAAGAACCGGAUAUGGAUUUAAUUCCUAGAAGAGCAGAGGCUCUUCAUGCGGAUUUUGUUGCAGAGCAAGGAUCUUUUCUUUUUUGUUUUUCAUAAUUCAACCUUUCUUGCUGUUUGUUGUAUUCUCAUAUAUGAACAUAUAUUUUUUUCUCUUUCUUGGUUUGCUUUUGUAAACAAAGCAGAAGCAUUAGUGUAUAAAUAGUGAUGGUGAAUUGGUUGAUA